AUGGUUGAUAAUGCGAACAGUGGACAUCUUAAGUGUCACUCUGCUCUAAUCACUCACGAAUUAUCACAACUCAACAUCGACACUGCUGUUCUUAGUAAAGUUUGUAUCCAUAAGGACGGUAGCCUUAAUGAAUAUGGUGCUGGUUACACACUCUACUGGUCAGGAAAACCCAAAACCGGAA